GCUUAAUGUGACCAUUGCCUCCACGAAAACCUAUGACAAGAAAAAUACACACAGCCAACAUGAACGAACACCCGCCACGACAUUACUCACACGCGCGCACGCUCAAGCAUAUCUACCUCUAGCCUACAUAUUUUAGCAGUAGCUGAGAAACGCAAACGCUAUCCAGUAAGUGCGCUGGAUCUGGUGCGAAUGCAUGCAACGGCUUCUAUAUUUGGAUCAAAAUAAUUCGCGUGCAUCCCGAUCUAAACUAGCCUACUCCGCAAACCAUGCUGUUUUGCAAAAUCUGAUAAAAAUGAACCAGGCGAAAAUACACAUGCAAAACCAGAUGGAUUGGAUGUGAGGUGUCCCUCAGCCCUCUUCAGCCACCAGGCCUGUCUGGCUGUGAAAGAUGGUUUGGUGUGAGAUUCUGUGGGUCUGCCUGCUGGCAGUGGUCAGCCUCUUGGCCAGUGUUAACACGCUCCCACUUUCCCCAUUGGAGGAAAGCAGCCAGAAAGCUGAUAAGCAGCCUGAGGGGGCACAAGGCCUGACAGACAGUGUCCUUGCACCUGCCACACCCAUUUUCCCACUGGUUGCCCUUGACGGGCUGUCACAGAACAUCGUGCCCACCAAUCAGGUGGAGCAGCCUGCCAGUGAUGACUCGUCUGUCCAGUUGCGAGCGAGUGAAGCAAGGCUUCAGGACUCUGGGUGGAGGGUGGAGAGCACUGCGGUUGGCCCUGUUGAAGUGCAUGGGAGAGCUGAAGCUACACUGGCCUCAGUCAGAGCUAGGCUGGGGCGUGAGGGAGAGGCCCCCUUAUUACAGACAGGGGGAGAUGACGGCCGGGAUGUCCUGAUGUUAAAGAAGCCAGGUGACCCACAGGGCCCUGGUGCAGUAAACACCCAAAACCAAAGGAAAGAGAGGAACUCGGAGGAGGGGCCCAAUCAAGGGGUCUUACUGAAUGGAAGGACUUGGGAGUCUCCUGCUGGGUACAGAGCGCCAGAUGGUUUAGGGUCACAUGACACAUCCCAGAAUCCGCACAUCCUUCCUCAAGCAGAGAGGGCAGGCUCGGUGGAUGAGGUAGCCAUCGGCUUUUCCGGAAUUCCUCAGACUCCCUCUGUAGCUAAAGUGCUGGAACCAGGCGGGAUGGCACAGCAGGGCAUCAGCAAUGCGACACUCCAUUUGCUUUCUCCAUCCAUGGCACCUGUCGGACAGGAGCCAAGCAGCGAGGGAGGGAUGCAGGUGGGGCCUCAGGUGACUGUCGCCACCCAAGUAAAGGACCCGGAUUUAUCGAGGGCUCAGAGUCGGGUAGGGCUGCCAGAACUGGAUGCUCUGCUCUCAGCGAGAGAGGAGCCAGGAGUGGAGGGAAAUGAGAGGGGGGCAGAAACAGCAAAGAAACCCCUCAAAAACCGAAUGGGUGUCCCGGGUGGCGGCUUCCAAACCACAACAGCAGCCAGCGGUGAAGCAAUGGCAGGCACAUCAGGGCCCUCUUUGAGCAGAGCUCCUUCCUCAGAGCAAACCCGACCCAGGCAGACCACCGCAAUAGACAGCAUCCAGCAGUCCACCACUUUGGUGGCAAACAUUCUGGAGAGUGAAGCCGCCUCACCUCCCUCCACCCCCAUUCCCCACCGCAAACUAAUUAACAGCCCCUCCAAUGGAGAGAGUAGGGCACGGGCCAAUCCAGCUCAGCCUGGGUUUUCUGAGGACCCAGCUGGCCCCACGACAACUAAGCCCCCCCUGGGUGAGGAUCCAGGCGCUGAGCCUGGAGUUUCUAUCGUCCCCUGGGCUAGAGGGGCCCUGCAGCAGGACGCAGUAGUGAAGAGCAGCAUCCCCAGUUCCACAGGCCCUGUAAAUGGAGUCACACCCCAUUUACUCUUGACUGCAAGAACAGAGACCAGGACUAGGGGAGAAAACCAAGCCUUGAAGGCCCUUCCUUUUGGGCGUGACGAUGAGGCAACACCCACACCUGACGAUAUCCCUUUAAUAUUUGAGCCACUGGAUGAUGCUCUGUCAGAGAUGGUGGCUACUGCUGCCCCCAGUGGCACCCAACAGGUAUUGCAGUUUUCUGGCAUCACAGCUGACACCCAGGACAUCCUAACAGGGCCUGAACUCAUUACCACAGUCAUUGUUGAUGGAGGUCCCUCCCCGUCAGGGGCAGCCCGCCCUACCCUGCAGACCUCUGGAACCGAGAUUAUGGAAGCACUCAGUCCCUCCACAUCUCUCUUCACUGCACCUCCUCCAGAGCCCCCCCUGGACGAUGGGAUCCUGUACACUGAGGAACUUGGCAUGACUGACACUCCAGCUGGGACUACUGAAGGCUCUCCCAGUUCCUUCAGAACCCGGGAACACAAGAAUAUAGAACUGUCUCCAACGACAAUUGUAGCCACGGCAACUAGCAUGUCCCUGCCCAGGCACAAAUCAGAGGAGCCUGAUGACAAGGAGACAGGGGAGUCAAAGGAAGCAGGAAGUGAGGAAGACGUAUCGGAGGUCAUGACGGUGGCCCACGUACGCCCCACCUACAGCCACAUCCCAUAUCACUUCCACCCGGGCUCGAUCUGGGUGCAGCGCAACCAGGGCCUCGUGCACAGCUGGGUGGAAAAGAUCAGAGACAAGGCAGGUUACGUGUCUGGAAUGCUGGCGCCCGUGGGUAUCGGCAUCGCUGGGGCCCUCUUCAUCCUGGGCGCUCUCUACGGCAUCAAAGUGGUGCACCGCAGAAGGAGGAAAGGCUACAAGCGCCAGACGAGGAAGCACAGGGAAUCAGGCAGCAGGCAGGACCGGGUGAUGCUCCUGGCUGACAGCUCAGAAGAUGAGUUCUGACUGCUCAAAAAUGCCUCUACCGCAAGUCCAGCGAUAAGCCACACCCCCUAAGUCGGUUUCACCUUGUAGUUUCCAUGGCAACGGCUGUGGGAUGACCCUUAUUGCAUGCCCUUUCUUGGACCCCCAAGCUAGGGAGGUGGAGAAACUGAGAAACCCAUUAGGAGCUCUUGUCUCCUUGCCCACACUGUUGUGGAAAGCGUCAGGGUUCACAUCCUAGAAAAUCAUCAAGCUGAUGUAGCACUUUACAGGUAGCAGUGCUUAAUCACCAGUGAGUCAUUUCCACACUCAGACACGCAGGCCUGCAAGCACAGCUCUCCACAGAAGCGUUCCAGCUGAAUGAAUAGGGAAUGCUUUUGCUUAAAUGUGGCACUAUAAAAUGUGUUCAGUGAUUAUGAAUGUGGGGAUGUGAUUCUCAUUGUUAUUGUCAGGACUGAAAUUCACUGGUAAUAAUGCACACGUGAAUAAUCUAAUUUACUGCAUUAGACAGGGGAGAGCCAUCUAGUCAGAUUGCACAGAGUAGAUUGCAGAAUAGAAUCACACUCAUUAUAAAUUACUUAUGUUUUUUUAGUUUAGUUUAGUUUAUUUAUUUGACUAUUCACUUUAAAAGGACAAUUACAUGGUUGCAAACACCAAUGUGCAUGCACAAUUAAAAGAGUAUCAAGGAUAACACAAAAAAGUCACAAGACUUAUUUCCAUUGUGGUCCUUGCUGUAGCUAAAUAUAUAUAUGGAAUUGUUGCAUUUUGUUUUUAAAUAGGCUAUUCAUUGUAAAUAUUCAUUGUAACCAAAUACAUAUGCCUUUGAUAAUAUUGCAACUCUAUAGAAGGGUUAUAAAGAGCAACAUGCCCUUUUUAUGAUUUUUGUAUGAUUUUUUUAUGAUUAAUAUUGAUAAAUUACUGGUGUAAUUGGCAACUUAUUGAUAGCAAGGCAGUUCAGACUUUUUACAGUACAAUCCUUGGUCAAGUAACAAGUGAAUAUUACUUGUAUCUAAAAUAUAUGUUUAAAAUAAACAUAUUUACCAAUAUUCAGAACAAAAAUAUAAUUUUGAGACAUUCUAUGUUUUGGUAUCAUAAUUGAAAAUUCGUACGUAUCUACAGGCGUGGUUUCUAAUUUUAUUGCCAUCUAAAGAGUGUGAAAUGUUCAUAUGUAUAUAUGUUUGACCCAAGUAUGGUAUUCAUAUGUCUAAAAUGUUUGUCAUGCACAUACCUUAAAAUGUAUUAAGCUUUUAUCUUGCCAAGUAGAAUCAGUAUUGUCUUCCUUAAGAAGCAUGUGGGUAAUGGCAUCUGAGUGAUUCCUAUGCAUGCACUGUGUACCUCAUAAAAGUAAUAUCAGCUGGAGAAUGAUUCUGCUGUAGCCCUCAGUACAUGGCAACAGGCAUCCUGCUGCACACAGCUUGCAGGUUACUAUGGCCAGUAUCGUACAGGAGGAAACCUGUAUUGCAGAGCAGGGCUACGCAGUGUACAGAUCCCUCACAGGGACUAUGGUGGUGUCAUCUUUGACGUCUUCAUGGGUCAGGGUAUGAUUUUCUCAUUUUCAGCAUUUGGAUGGGAAAUGAUCAGCCAGUGAUUGGUAGAUAGGAGUGAACCCUGCAGAACUGUGCUCUCCCACUGUGCCUUUGCUUAGUAUUCAGUAGCCAGUGGGUUUCUCUGAAUGACAUUUUGUAAAAAUGAUAAACAUUCAUGUCAAAAUGGCAAGUUGAACUCCUAAGCUCUUUAAAACACCUGUUGGGUAUCAGAUUCUCUAAUUCUUAAGGUUAAUUUAGAAAGGUGGUGUAAUAAAAAACAAGAAAGUAGCCUAAGGCGCUUGCUGUAAAUGUUGUUUUGCAGCACUUCUUGUUAGGUGGAGUGGAGCGCUGAGCGACAGGGGGCGGGGCCUCUGGGGCCAGGGUCGGCAGCAGGAGUGGGCGGCAGGUGGUCCUGCUCUUUCGGUUGUUAUUGUGGAGAAUGCAGCCAGUGUAGUGCCAAAAAAUACCGCUGAUGUUGUGUGAAUACUAAUGUCUUUGCCCUGCUUGCACUGCUUCUGUGUCUGUCCAAAUAAUACAAUAAAUAGAAAAAAACGAAAA